CUUGUGUCAUGACGCUGAAAUUAUAGACGAACAAACUUCCGGACAACGUUUCCUGUAACUCAGCCUUUGUAAACAACUUGUGUUUCCGAAAUGAAUCGCAGCAGAUCAUCUGAACGAGUUACUAGGGAGAAAAAAACAGAGAAAAAGAAACGCAGACGGUCUUCUUCGUCGUCGUCUUCCUCCUCCUCUUCCAGCAGGAGCAGGUCGGCUAAGAAAAUUUCUUCCAAGAAGAAGAGUUCAGAUGGGAAAGAGCAACGAAAGAGGCGGAGGACGCGAUCCUCAUCUUCAUCAUCCACUUCCUCCUCUUCCUCUUCUUCCUCUUCCUCUUCAUCCUGCUCAAGUGAUGAGAGGAGAAAGAGGAAGAAGAGCAAAGCCAAGAAGAAACUGAAGAAGCAGAAGGCCAAGCUGAAGAAACAGAGGAAAAAGGAGAAAAAGAAGCUGAAGAAAAAGGAGAAGAAGCUGAGAAAGGAGGUGGAGGCGAUGCAGAGACCUCCAGAUAAACCUCCAUCCUACCUGGAGGCGAUGCAGAAUGAAGAGGAGGAGGAGGAGGAGGAGCUGGGGCCAGUCAUGACCGACGAGCAGAAGGCCCGGCUCGCCACUAAGAGGCCUCUCACCAAGGAGGAGUACGAGGCCAGGCAGAGCGUGAUCCGCAGGGUGGUGGACCCAGAAACGGGAAGAACCAGGUUGGUGAGAGGAGAAGGAGAGAUCAUUGAGGAGAUAGUGACCCGAGAGAAACACAAAGACAUCAACAAGCAAGCUACAAAGGGAGACGGGAAUGCCUUCCAGAGAAAACUGGGAAUGAACAGGUAGAAGAAGAACCUCCAGAAGAAAACACAGACUGUUUACUUCCUGCUUGUUUCUGAGUCAUUCUGAUUCUUUUGAGUAUGUGGUUGAGAUUUUCACUGUUUAUGCUUAGGUUGCAGACGCAGGUUUCUUUAUGUUAUAGAAACCCGAAAGCAUAAUUUUCUGUUAUAACUAAUAUGGAACGCAAUAAAUCACAUUCAAAUAUUC